CUGGAGAAGGACCUACAUCAGCCGAUGUACAUUUUCCUCUGUAACUUGUGUAUAAAUGGGUUGUUCGGCACAGUGGGGUUUUACCCUAAAUUUCUGUCUGACUUAUUCUCUGACACUUAUUUGAUUUCCUACAGUGGAUGUUUACUUCAGACCUUUGUCAUCUUCUCAUAUGCAUUAUGUGAAUUUACCAAUUUAACAGUGAUGGCAAUUGACAGGUACGUAGCAAUAUGCAGGCCUUUGCAUUACAGUACUGUAAUGACACCUGUUACUAUAUGCAAGCUGUUGAUUGUUAUUUGGAUGGUUCCAUUCUUCUCCGUUCUGUGUUCCAUUAUCCUGACUAUUACUCUCCCCUAUUGUGGGUUGUACGUCAGCACUCUGUAUUGUAAAAUAACUCUUUCAACCUGCAAACAUGAUAGUGUGAGAUUUGCAUUCAAUGGAACAUUUGGAAGUAUAUAUUUAUUAAUGGCGACAUUUGUCAUCUAUUCCUAUGGUAAAAUCCUUUCUGCCUGCAGGAAAUCGAAAGAAAACCAGGCUAAAUUCAUGCAAACUUGUCUUCCCCAUUUAAUAAGUUGCAGCAAUUUUGUAUUCAUCACCUCCCUUGAUGCAUUUAGUGGUAAAAACAUUCCACAGUGGUGUAGCAGCUUUAUUUCUGUGGCAUUUUUAGUCAGUCCUCCUAUUAUUAAUCCCCUUAUUUACGGCAUCAACCUGAGAUCUAUACGCAGAAAAAUUUGUAAAUGCUGUAAGAGAGGGCAGGUUUUAUAG